UCUUAAUGCUGUUCGUGUGUGUGUAUGAUUUUGAAGGAGGAAGCAGUGCUCUUUUAAAUCCAAUAAUGUAAUAUUUCGAAUCCCAAAUGAGGACAAGAUUGCGUUUUGUAAGGACCGAGCUGAAGCCACACCCUCACGAGCAGCAGCAGCAGCAGCGCGUCCGAGGUGUCCUUGGAAACUCCAAGUGCCUCACGCGCGCUGCAGCCGGUCAGGGGUUCAGACCUAAUGCACAGAGCCCGUGAAAGAGUGAUGGAGGCUGAGGUUCGAGAGCACCAUGAAUGACAAAUACCACAAGGCAGCUCGGGAUGGCUACCUUGACUUGUUGAAAGAAGCGACGCGGAAGGACCUGAACGCUCCGGAUGAAGAUGGCAUGACACCGACCCUAUGGGCCGCUUACCACGGCAACCUGGACGCGCUGCGGCUGAUUGUAGGGAGAGGGGGGAACCCAGAUAAGUGUGACAUAUGGGGGAACACGCCACUCCACCUGGCUGCCUCCAAUGGCCAUCUCAACUGCCUUUCCUUCCUGGUGUCGUUUGGUGCCAACGUGUGGUGCCUGGACAACGACUACCACACGCCUCUGGACAUGGCUGCCACCAAGAACCACAUGGCUUGCGUGCGCUAUCUGGACUCCAUCGCUGCCAAGCAGACAACCCUCAACCCCAAGCUAGUAAGCAAACUGAAGGACCGGGCUUUCCGUGAUGCUGAACGGCGCAUCAAGGAAUGCGUUAAACUGCAGCAGAAGCACCGGCGGCGCAUGGAGCGUCAAUUUCAGAGAGACACAAUGGAAGCAUCGGUCUCUGAUGCCAUGAGCUUCUCCAGCUACGCCAGCAGCACCUUGAGUCGCAAGUUACACCACUUCAACACUGCCACUAGUGUGCCAUACUCCCAGGCUACUCUCCAUGCCACAGCCAGGGGCAAAACUAAGAUCCAGAAGAAGCUUGAGAAGAAGAAGCAAGGUGAUGGGACAUUCAAGAUUUACGAAGAUGGCAGGAAGAGUGUCCGCUCUUUGUCUGGCCUGCAACUAGGCAACGACGUCAUGUUUCUGAAGCAGGGAACAUACGUCAACCCUAAGGAUCGGUCUCGUCGAAACAUCCGUGAUAUGUUCAGUAAUGACAAUGAGGAUGCGGUCUCACGUGCCAUCAGUGAACCCGACCUGCACGGUCAUGAUGUAGAUUACUCAGAGAUCAGCACAGACUCGGGCCACGACUCGCUCUUCAACCGGCCUGGCCUGGGCACCAUGGUUUUUCGCCGCAACUAUGUGAGCGGUGGACUUUUUGGCAUCGGUAGGAGAGAUGAAGGCAGUCUAGCAAGCAGCGAACGCCUCGAUAAUGUGCGCCUCCGCAGCCGGAUGCAUCGCGAGCCCGGUCUGGACAACGAUAGCAUCGGAAGCGCCCAUAGCCUGCAAGAGAGGAACAUACAGGAGCUGCCAUGGGAAGACGUGGAGUUGGGGCUGGAUGACGAUGAUGAGCCUGACACCAGCCCUCUGGAAGUGUUCCUAGCCUCACAAAGCAUGAACGAGUUCAUUCCUAUCUUCAAAAGAGAAAAGAUUGACCUGGAUGCCCUGUUGCUGUGCUCUGAUGAUGACCUCAAGAGCAUUCACAUCCCCUUGGGUCCCCGCAAGAAGAUCAUAGACAGCUGUCAGCGCCGAUUGGAGACCAUGGAGGACCCAGGCUGCAUAGAAGAAACUGAGUUGUGAGGUUCUGCCCUUAACGUCUGUUUUUACCUCAGUGAUUGUUGAAGAAAAAGCAAGAGUUUACAGAACCAUUGUUCCCUUUUUCUUUGAAGAUAGUAAUAGUUACAUCAUCAGCAUUUGGCAGGGUACCAUAUAUGCUAAAGGAGUGUCCAGUCCUGCUCCUGAAGGGCCACUUUAUCUCUGGAAGUUUCUACUGAUCCUGGAGACCUUGAUUAGCAUGUUUAGGUAUGUUUAACUGGGGAAGUCAACGAAAUGAAAACAACCUUUGGUAUGAAGAGAGGGUCUCUUGUAAUAAUUUAUUAAUAAUUUUUUAUAGAGAGAUUUAUAGAGGACCAAUGUUGAAAUAGCUGAAAUAUUACCUCUGUAACAGCUGGCUAUAUUACCUCUUUUACUGAUACAAACAACGCAAUAUGCAUAAAAAUGGUAAUUCAGUUCAAAUUGAAUGGUUAUCACGUGUCAUGUGGCAAAUGCAGAGAGUGAAAAUGAGGUCACAUCUCAUUACACGCACUCUUAAUCUCGUAAUAUUUCUGCCCCCAUGGGGCAUAAAUCUCAGUGCCUGUGCAUUCUGUGCCUGCACAUUUCUAGACAAAACUUAAUACAUAAUUCUUUUUUAGUCAUUUGGUACACAACAUAGUGGUAAUUGUACCGUUGUUAUUUUUUGUUAAUACACAGGGAGAUUUGGAUACAUGAUGUAGGCUGAUGGCAGCUUUGGCUAGCUGUUGGACAGCUGAAUUGUGAGCUGUAAAUGGUGAAAUGUACAGUAAAUGGAUUAACAGAAUCUGACAUCAGUGUUGCUUUUGUGGGGACUGUAUGUAGGAUAAAAGCACCCUCACAUUAUGUUGCACAUAAUGUUUACAUGUAUCUGGCCAUAACACGUUUUUUGAAACACGAGUAAUUGGAUGAGCUGGUUGAGUUAGCAUACACAUAGAGCCCUUUGUUGAUCCUUGGAGCGUAGACCUCAUUACCCCCGAGUCAUUUUGUUUAUCACAACAGUAGUUUUCUGGUUGAAUUAAUGUAUAUUGUCAGUAAACAGUAUGGUUCAUGCACAGGUCUGCAGUUUAGCAGGUUCUUGAAAACCUAUCUGUGCUUGAGCUUUAACAUGAUGUCUUCCAUCAAUAUUUGUGAACACCAACAGCAUUUACAGCCAUGUUUUAUAAUGCAUACAUCAACUUUAUUUAUAAUGUUAUUUGUUGGUACGUAACUAUUAAAUUCAUAAAAUUGAAAUUUUAGCAAAA